ACAGGUGUGCUGGUGUGUGACCGCCGCUGCUUGUGUGAGAAUACCCAAUACUGAAUGUGAGUGUAAGGGGCACGGCUUGGGAUGCUGUGCGGUGCCCUGGUCCGGAGUCCGGCGGCAAGGACUUCUCACUCUUCGUUCGCGCGGUUCCCUUUAGCUCUCCAGCGCCCCGCCCCCGGAUCGGGCAGAACAGAAGGUGGGAAACACCUGUUGGGGGCCUGAGAGCCGCGGAGCCCGCAGGGGCCUCUCCCGCCGUGCCCCGCCCGUCCUGCCGUCUCGGGUCCCGCCCCCGCGGCCGCAGCCAGCAGAGCGGCGAGUGAGCGCACGGCGGCCAGAGGAGCGCAAGGCGGCUGGAGCGCACGGCGGGGACCCCGCUCAGGGAAUCGAGCCAAGGCAGCGGCUGCCCGGGAGGCGGGCGAAGAGGAGCGCCGUGGAGACGCCGGGGGCAGCGGGCCGCGCCAGGCAGGUGAGUGCUGCUGCAGGGUACCGGGAGCGAGAGAGCCGGGCGGCGCGACCCCGCCGCUCCUGCCCGUCCGGUGCCGUCCCCGUCCCAGGCUGUCUCUGUCGCCCGCUAUUCUCGCGCCUCCCUGAUUCUUGGCCUCGGCUUCUCUGCCCUGUCCCUCCGUCUGAUUUUCCCUGCCCUUGUCUGUCCGUUUCCCUCUACUGUCUAGCCCUCCUUCUGAGCUCUCUGUCUCUGCUCCUGCUGCGACUGUCCCUCUCUCUCAACCCGUGUCUGUCUCUCUUGGCCUCUGUCUCUGUCUCUCUCCGAACUGCCCAUCACUUAGGUUUUGAUCUGUUGCUCCCCCCCACCCAUCUCUCUACCCAGGAUCUUUAUCAGCCUCAUUUUCCCCUUCUCCGUGUCUCCACCCUUGCAUCUACCUGAUACUGCUGUCUCUCUCCAUCUUGGUUCCUCUCAGUCUCUGUCUCUCUCCACCUGUCUCUCCUUGUCGCUUUGCCUCAUCUCCAUCUCUAUCUCCGAUCUGUCCUUGUCCUAGCGUACAUCUCUCUCUCUCUCUCCCCCACCCCCCACCCCUCAGUCAUCUCUCUCUGUCUCUUGGUUCCUGUCACCCUCUCUGAUCUGCUCAGUCUCUCUCUGUCCUCCAUCAAGGGCGGAUUCUGACUGACUGGGAUCUGGCCUCCUCUUUCCUCUUCUUUCUACCUCUCUGUCUCUGCCCAUCUCUGGAAAAGCUAUCUUUCUGUCUCUUUUCUGAUGACCCUCUGCACUUCCCUGCUUCCGUGACCCCCUCCGCUUGUGUUGGGGGUUGUGGAUGCAGCAGCGGCCAGCACCCCCAAUUCCCUCCCCUACAGGAGGCCCUCUCCUUGGGGCCCCGUCUGGUACCAGGACCCCCUCAGACAGGGGGACUGCGCCUGGAAGCUGUCAUGGAGGCCCUGCAGAGGCAGCAGGCAGCUCGCCUGGCCCAGGGGGUGGGGCCACUGGCCCCUCCACGCCUGCCACUGCCACCACGGCCUCCCCUGCCUGGCCCCCGGACCCUGCAGGCUCCUGAUGGGGCCUUGGGGGAGGUUGGGGCUGAGGAAGAGGAGGCCGAAGACGAUGAAGAGGGAGAGGAAGCUGGGGCAGAGGAGGAGACAGCUGAGGAGACCCAUCCAGGGACCCAGGACCCCAGCUCACCUUGCAGCCAGCCUCCUGGACCCCAUCCCCAUGAGUGGACCUAUGAGGAACAGUUCAAGCAGCUGUAUGAGCUCGAUGCGGACCCCAAGAGGAAGGAGUUCCUGGACGACCUGUUUACCUUCAUGCAGAAGAGAGGGACACCAGUGAAUCGCGUGCCCAUCAUGGCCAAGCAGGUGCUGGACCUCUAUGCACUGUUUCGCCUGGUGACGGCCAAGGGCGGACUGGUGGAAGUCAUCAACCGAAAGGUGUGGCGGGAGGUCACCCGUGGCCUCAGUCUGCCCACCACCAUCACCUCAGCCGCCUUCACUCUGCGCACCCAGUACAUGAAAUAUCUGUACCCAUAUGAAUGCGAGACGCGGGCGCUCAGCUCCCCCGGAGAGCUCCAGGCCGCCAUAGACAGCAACCGGCGCGAGGGCCGUCGCCAGGCCUAUCCCACCACCCAGCUCUUCAGCUUUGCGGGGCCGCCCCCUCGGAGCACUCCUGGCUCUGUCCUGGGGGCUGGCCCUGCCGUGCCGGUGCCCCCAUCUGGCCCCGCCCCUCUCCAGGGUUCCACCUCCAGCCUGCCAGUGCACGCGUGCGCCCAACUGAGCCCCAGUCCCAUUAAGAAAGAGGACAGCGGAAUUCCAACCCCUCAUCUGGCACUUCCCAUUGGCCUGGCCUUGGGACCUGCACGGGAGAAGUUGGCACCAGAGGAGCCCCCAGAGAAGAGAGCUGUGCUGAUGGGGCCUGCAGACCCACCUCGGCCUGGAGCGCCCACCAGUUUCCUGCCGCGUGGCAAGGUUCCCCUGAGGGAAGAGCGGCUGGAUGGGCCUCUCAGUCUGGCAGGCAGUGGCAUCAGCAGUAUCAACAUGGCUCUAGAGAUCAACGGGGUGGUCUACACUGGUGUCCUCUUUGCCCGCCGCCAGUCUGUGCCAGCUCCCCAGGGCCCAGCCAGUCCUGCACCCCCAUCCUCUACAGGGCCUCCCUCCAGCUCCUUGCCCUGAGAACUCCUCCUCACAACUCGGAGUCCCAGCCCCAGUGCUGAAAGGGGAAGAGGCACCCCCUCCCCCAUUUUGGUUCUUUCCAGACGCCUGAUCUAGGACCCAGCUCUAGGAGGUGACCAUACCCCACCUCCACGCCAAAGAGUUUUCUUUUGAUGUUCUAUCUACCUCAUUACAGAAGGAGGGCACUUCCUCCCUGGCCACUUCCGGCAGCAUCUACCAAAGAAUUCUUGCCCCAGUACCCCCAUCACCUCCUUAUGUGCCCCCUGUAUCAAUGUCAUCUCUAAGAUUCCACCCACUUUGACCCAGCCCUGCUACUCUUCAGGAACCAGGUGACCGAUUGUGUUGGGAUGUUAUGAAGGAAACAUCCCAGGAUCAUAUCUGGAAAAUAAAGCCGUGGUCCUUCCC